AAACAUUUUCACGCGCAAAGGCAAACACACAUAUCACACACACGCAUACAAGUGGGUUAGUGAAUAUAAAAAGCUAAAGAGCCCCUAAAAAUAACAAAAUUUCAAGUACAUUAAACAAAUUUAAAAUUGCAAAAAAAAUGGAGAAUUAAAGGCAGAAUCUUUUAAAUUUUUUAUCGGCAAAGUGAGACGAAUAGUUGAAUAUAGUGAAUAGUGUUCCCCAGUGUAUAAUUGACUCCGUGUGUACAUUUUUUUAUAGCACUGGAAUUUACGGAACGCCACUCACGCCGAUGGCAGUGUGACGAACCAGGGCAAACUCACAAGUGGCAAGUAGUGAAUACAGAGUGCUCGAAGUUUUUAUUGUGAUCCGAUUCUGAAAGGCAUAAGCAAAAAUGUCAAAAAAACCAGGAGCUACUCAGGCAUUGCACAAGGUCAUCAUGGUUGGAAGUGGAGGAGUUGGAAAAUCUGCUCUCACUCUACAAUUUAUGUAUGACGAGUUCGUGGAAAACUACGAGCCGACAAAGGCAGACUCGUACAGGAAAAAAGUUGUAUUAGACGGAGAAGAAGUACAAAUCGAUAUUUUGGACACGGCAGGACAAGAAGACUAUGCAGCUAUUAGAGAUAACUAUUUCCGAAGUGGGGAAGGAUUUCUCUGUGUUUUUUCAAUCACAGAAGAUGACAGCUUUCAGGCCACACAAGAAUUCAGGGAGCAAAUUCUCAGAGUGAAAAACGAUGAAAAUAUUCCAUUUUUGUUAGUGGGAAAUAAAAGUGAUCUUCAGGAGAAGAGAAAAGUAUCAUUAGCCGAGGCUCAGGGCAGAUCGCAACAAUGGGGAGUUCCUUACGUUGAAACGAGUGCAAAGACGAGAGAAAACGUCGACAAGGUAUUUUUUGACUUAAUGCGUGCAAUAGCUGCUCGCAAGGCUCACGAGAAUCAAGGGGAAGCGAGUGAACGCAAGAAGGAAGCAAAAUGCUGCACUCUACUUUAACAAAUCUCAAGUAACUUUCGACAGUGUCACAUUAUCCGACACCUCCCAGUGGAACAGGUUUUCUCCCAUUUUACAGUGAUUUUUCGAAAAGUGCGCUUUUUUCCAUACACAAGGGACCGGACAAUGAUGAUUAUCUGACCUAUCUCCAAACUUAAAAAGGCAAACAAAAAAAAACACUAUUUAAAAAGCUAUUUGAGCCAGGAGAGAUUUUUUGUAGCACUUUACUUUUCUUAAACACGAACUUUUUGUAUCUAAUUUAACAAACAAACAAACAAAACUUUUCAGGUGCUAAUAUAAUUAGAUUGUCUCUCUCAAUUUUUAUUGUUCCUACUUUAAGAAUUUAAGACAUGUUUGUAAAUCAUACCACAACUUUUUGUAAAAAAA